ACAUCGCACUAGCUGUGAACAUGUUAGCUUCGCCCUGAGAGAGUUUCCGAUGGACUGACAGCACGGCCAAGUUAGCCGGGGAUCGUUUAUGAUUAAUCUCACCAUGCGGCAAAAGGCUUGACACUUGGAUUACCAGCUGUAUUUCGGUUGCUAGUUAUGUUAAUAUCAUUGGAUUACAUGUACAAGCAUUAGCUUUGCAUGGCUAAACUUUUCUAGCUGUCGAUCCGAGCAUGUCAGUGUGUGAUCUUACAUGGCAAACUUGCCCUGGUGUCCUCUUCUAACAAACCGGAGGGCAUUCCCAGGCAGGGUGUUCACCAUUACCUUACCGGUGCCACGCACGUCCUUUGAUCUGUGCAGAUCUCUGCUGUCAGUCUGUCUGUGGACCCAACUUACUUGCAUCAAGUUUGUGAUGUAGAAAAACUACAUACUUAUCUCAUGGAGCAUGCUGAAAUGAUCACACACACGGAAGAUGCCAGUGAAACAGACCUUGCCAAGCACGACGAGGAUGACUAUGUUGAAAUCAAAGAGCAGAUGUACCAAGACAAACUGGCCUCCCUGAAAAGACAGUUGCAGCAAUUACAAGAAGGUACGCUGCAGGAGUAUCAGAAGAGGAUGAAGAAGCUGGACCAGCAGUACAAAGAGAGACUCCGAAAUGCAGAUCUGUUUCUCCAGCUUGAGACAGAGCAGGUGGAGAGGAACUACAUCAAGGAGAAGAAGGCAGCUGUGAAGGAGUUUGACGAUAAAAAGGUGGAACUGAAGGAAAAUCUAAUUGCAGAGCUGGAGGAGAAGAAGAAAAUGAUCGAGAACGAAAAAUUAACAAUGGAGCUGACGGGCGACUCGAUGGAGGUAAAACCUAUCAUGACUCGGAAGCUGAGGAGACGGCCCAACGAUCCGGUCCCAAUACCAGACAAACGGAGAAAACCUGCGCCAGCUCAGCUAAAUUAUUUGUUAACAGACGAACAGAUAAUGGAAGAUCUAAGAACACUUAAUAAGCUUAAAUCACCAAAACGGCCAGUGUCUCCAUCGUCUCCAGAGCACGUCCCCUCUGCUCCCAUGGAAAGCCCCUCCCAGCGUUACGAGGCCCGCAUUGAAGAGGGGAAACUUUACUACGACAAAAGAUGGUACCAUAAGAGCCAGGCCAUCUACUUGGAGUCAAAGGACAACACAAAGAUUAGCUGUGUCAUCAGCUCGGUGGGGACCAAUGAGAUUUGGGUGAGGAAGACGAGUGACAGUACGAAGAUGAGGAUCUACCUGGGACAGCUGCAGAGAGGAGCGUUUGUCAUCCGUCGACGGUCGGCUGCGUGAAACAUUACUCCCCCACCCAACCCCCAUCUGUUCAUUUAUCCAUCCAUCCACCCGCUCGUUCAGCCCGUUUCCCUACUUGGUGCAUCUUAGUUGAGUUUGAUAUGUGGCCUCUUACUCUUCAUCAUAUGCACUACCCCCCAUUACAUAAGCAUACACACACACACUGUCUUCCAUGGCCGAGAAUAUCUCAUCAGAUUUUAUCUGUUUUCCCACAUAAACCAAAUGGAGUACAGUGAAAGGGGUCAUAUACGCAACUGACUGUUUUCCAGCAUUAUUUGUCACUAUGUGGCACGUGUGUGAAGGCGGUUAGUGGUCAUAAACGAGCCUGCUUUGUUUUUUGUCUCAUGCUGUCAACACAAAUCUUUUCUACACCAUGCAGUCGUAUUUACAUUUAUCAUUAAGUUAUUUUCCCUUAGCAGCCUCACGUUGUCCCACAGAAACUGUCUGUUGCCUUUGAGACUGUGUCACUGGUGACGUGUAACAAAGCGAGCACUGAGAAACAGACGAGGAGCUGCUGUAGAUCUGGCUGAUUAUCAUGAAUGACUGAAGACGACACAGUUUCCUCACACCAGGAGUCAUGCCAUCUUUCAAAAGAAUAUGCCUUUUGCACUGUCACCAAGAAAUGGCUGCUUGCUAUGCUGACGGUUUGUUCUGAUCACAUGUUGAAAAGUCAGAUGUAUUAAAAUCUAAAUUUCUUAUUUGGGAAAAAAAAUGUAUUUUGAGGUUUUUAUGUUAUAAUUUUUUUUUGCCAUUUUACGUGAUCCUCUCCAUGUGAACGAUUUCAAUUAUCUCAAACUGUAUUUGCAUGUGGAGCACUAAGUUGACUGUUGAUUUGUACUGUGUUCCAUUUUAUUAAAAUGUUUCUGCAUUUUAUUAAUUUGAUGAAAA